UCUGAGUUUCGCGGGAGGGCCCUUCGCGCGUAAACUGCAUCCCCUCAUUCAUUGUCAGCUUCCUGGAGCCAUUUUUCAGUUUGGUGGCAGAGCGCUUCGCGUCUUCCUCAAAAUCCAAAGCAUCUACCGUCCUCCCGCCACCAAUAUAUCCUAAAUCCCGGUCAGAUGGACAGCUGAGACUUUGAUCUCACGCUCGCCGUGCAUAUUUGUGAAAUAAACGCGGCGGAUUACCAGAAAAACGAACUUAAACAGAAGGAGGGACAAAGGACACCAUAGUCCACAACGAUGAGAAGAGGCGUCCCAUCAGCCCCAGAAAAAGUCAUAAUAGCAGGGCUUGGUGGCUCCUCGCUGGACAAAAAUGCAGUUUUAACAGCACUGUCCGAUCGCUUUACAUCUACUUUGUCCACUGCCACAUAUAUACAGAUUAUUACCCCGCCGCCGUGCAUUUCACAGACCACCAAUGUCUGCCUGUCCGACCCUCCAACGGCCAGUUUAUACAGCACUCCAAACGGGACAAAUGGAACCGGACAGCGACCCACGUUAGGACGACCACCGGCAAAAAGACGUUUGGCACUGGAUGACACGGAUCACCUUUACAUAUCUGAAGGAGCCAAAACGCCAAAGACCCAAACGGGAAUUCCGCUUUGUAUUAUAAAGGGAAAUAAAACUCCGAAGUCUCCAUCAGAGAAGACGCGGUACGAUACCUCAUUGGGUUUAUUGACAAAGAAGUUUGUGCAGCUUCUGGCACAGUCAUCGGACGGUGUGGUGGACCUAAACCAGGCGUCCGAGGUCCUCAAAGUCCAGAAGAGGCGCCUCUAUGACAUCACCAAUGUUCUCGAGGGGAUUCACCUUAUUAAAAAGAAAUCGAAAAACAACAUUCAAUGGAUGGGCUGCAGUCUGUCUGAGGUGGGUGGUGUUUUAUGUGAGAGACAGACCCUGAGCAGCGAGAUAACGCAGCUUGUCGAGGAGGAGCGCAAACUCGACGAGUUGAUCCAGAGCUGCACCCAGGAAGUCAAGCGGAUGACUGAGUCGUCGCACAAUCAAAAGUUUGCAUAUGUGACUUAUCAAGACCUGCGCAGGGAUCGCAAACUGAGGGAUCAAACGGUUAUUGUGGUCAAAGCGCCAUCAGAAACAAAACUAGAGGUGCCAGAUCCUCAAGAGGGUCUACAGGUGCACCUGACCAGCACUAAGGCUCCUAUAGAAGUCUUCCUGUGUCCAGAUGAGAAUGCAACUGACAGCCCUGUGAAAAACAGCAACUCUGUUGUAAAGAGCGACACAUCACCUUUCAUGAAAGUAUUAGACGAUGCUUCUUCCAGUCGUUCUGGUCCAGCCGUUACUGUUACCAGUCUGUCACCCAUCACGUCCCCGUUCACUAGUCUCCUUCAGCAAACCGAGGAUCAGAUCCCCAGCAAUGAAGCGCCCUUCAUCACUCUGGGCUCGCCUCCGUUCAGUGACGAUUAUCUGAUGAGCCUUGAGGAAGAAGAGGGAAUCACAGACCUAUUCGAUGACCUGGACAGGCUUCCUAAUAUAGAUGAUCUUUUGUGAUGAUCUCUUCUAGGAUGUUCCUCCCUGUGUUCGUCAAUCUGGACUCAGGUCUGACCAGAUCUACCAUCUCUUUCGUUCAGUUGAUCUAAGUUGUCAGCAGCAGCAGGAGAUCGCUGGUCUCCGGAGCUGUUGGUUUCAGCCAGUGGUUUUACUCUUUGUGGUAUCUGACCGUAAGCAGAUAGUGACCUGCUGUCUGCACUCCAGUUGUUAAUCACCACAAUGCUUUGCUGCUUAUCACUUGCUUGUUGCGUUAACAAUGUCCGCUGACGCUGGAAAACGCUACCUUUCAUUAAGUAUCUUUGUGGCUUUGACUCUGCGGAUGGCUUACAGUGUGAGCAGGUCAUGACAGUUCAUGGAUCUGGAUUUGUCUGUUCACUUGAGAUAUGCAUCACAGAGCCUCACAUCAAAUGAACACUCCCUCUUCCCACCUCUGAUCAACAGAGGCCUCAUGGACUUCAUGGAAUAUGAUCAUUUACUGAUAUGUUGGGACUGUUCAGAAUGUAGUAGUGUUUGUAAAUGUUUACCAUAGUUAAGGUAAAUGGAACAAAGCUAUUAAGUUUAUAAUCCGGAGUCUCCUUGGUUCCUGUGGAGAUUGAUCUGCUUGAAGUUGAAACUGACUAUGGCCUCAAAGUUAUGUACUGGAAUAGGUACAUAAGUCACUUAAUGUAGGAAGAUUUAUUCAAAAAAGUAACCCUUGGGAGACUCACAAAUGUUUCACCAGUAAUCGUAAAACACAAUAUCUUUGUUUUGCAUAUGAAAGGAAAUAAUUGGUUAUCAAUACGAUUUUCAGCGUAAGGAUUUUUUUACCCUGCCUGAAUAUUCUUAUUACUGCAAUGUAAAAAAAAAUGAUCAUACUGCAAUGAAAAUCAUUCUGUCUGAAAAAAGUAACAAAUUUAAUUUGUGUAAAAUUAAAUUCAGUGCAUAAAAUGCAACCAUUAAAUAUAAGCCGUUUUUGCGUUACUGUAAUGGGAGUCACAAUAUUCUCAUUCAAAAUGUGUCUGGAUGUCCAAAAAUAUAAAUUGUCAUCAUUUACUCGCCUUCGAGUUGUUCCAAAUCUGUAUAAACUUCUUUGUUUUGAUGAACACAGAGAAAGAUAUUUGGAAGAAUGCUUGUAACAAAACAGUUCUUGGCUACCAUUGACUACCAU